GUCAAGCUCCGACGCCAUCAACAUCACAGCCGUCCAGGGCGCGGCGGGAAAAGAGUGUGCUCGGCGCUUCAUCCCGACAUCAGCGCCACGAGUGCAUGCGCAUCACCGGCCACUCCUCUCUUGACCGAGUUACAGAUACUGCGGCCCGCACACGUUUCGAAGCGCCCCCGGGCCGUGCCACGACUGACACCCGCCAGCAGCUCCACGUACCCCAACCCGACAUCUGCGGCGACAACAAAACAUCCAUCGAGCAGCCCUCUCUCUUUUGGUGUCUGCAUCCAUUCCUAUUUGUCCCGCCCUGCUCGCUGCCCAGGCUGCCGACACUACCGGAGGCUGUGCCGUGCCGUUUUUUAAAGUCACACAGCGCCGCCCUGCCCACCAAUCUGUGGUCGUGCAAGUCACGGGACGGACGCCCAGCUCGCGGGGUUGGGGUGUCGUGACCUCGCGCCGCCGCCGCAGUAAACUUGCUUCCGUGUCCGCGUCUUGCUGUAUCCGCAGCGGAGACCCCGACGCGGCUUCCACACGAACGGCAACCGCCGGAGCUCCUCUAGCAUCCUCAGGGCCAUGCCCGUGUGUCUCGCCGGCGCGUAGCCAACGAGUCUCGCCGUCGCAGAGUCCCGGGUGACUCGGUGGAAGAUGCGGAUUUGGCUCCGGUGGGGUCGCGCGAGCUGACUGAGCAAUGCAUGGAUGCCUGGGGCGAGCCGCCCCGAAAGGUCGCGCGACCGUCGCGCGACCUUGACGACGCAUCCAGCAACCAACAUCCGCAUGUCAGCUGCCAGGAAACAGGGAAUUCACCAGCAUGUCGUCGAUGACAGUCGCGUCUGGAGGAGGGGGAAAACCAUCCAAAGGCGACCCCCCUCUCCCCAGCGACUGGCAGCACCCUUUGAUCCCUUCGCCAUCUGCAUUUGAGUUUGGCCCAAGCCAUGUCGAUGAUGUCCGCCAAACGCCAAUGUCCUGAGCAAAUCGCGAGUCGAGCCAGAGGCAACGGUUAUGAGAGCGGCAAACACGAGGAGCGCGACAGACAGAUAGGCGUUACGAAGUACUCGCCAAAGAUACUUGCCGAGCAAGACGCGGUCCUGCAUAUCUAUGCCGUAUGGAAUUGGAACAGAACGGACCCCCGAGACAGCUUCGACGAGUGCAGGAAGCGUGUCCUCUGCGUCGGGUCAAACGCGCCCGACAUCUUCGAGUUGAAGGACUUCUGGAGGUUCUACAAGGAUCAGUCGACUGGCAAUCUUGGCAAACACGCCAGUGUUGUUUCCCUCCUGGCUCGCGCGAAACAAUUCAACGCCGGCUAUAAACGUGUCACGGGAACGGGGAUCGAAAAUGAGACUGUCGCAGAGAUCAACCAUUGGUUGAGGCGAGUGCUGCCUCUCGAAGAGGGAAGCGGCGUCAAGAAUAUAACCAAGCCCAAGUACAACUACAAACCGGCGGACCUGGAGCGAAACCUGAAAGCUCUUUGGCAAUGCAAGGGCCAUGAUUUUGUCCAUCCGAGGACUCUGUUCCAGUUUCACUUCCUUCUCCUUCUCUUUUGUCAUAGUGGAGCUCGCAUAAGUGCACUUCUCAAGCCCGGGGUAAAGUACAAGGACAUUCAGCUCGUUCUGCGCCGAACGCCCAAGGGAGAUCCGGAACUUUUCUUCAAAGUUGACCAGCGACAUGUCAAGAAUAACCCAGACCCGGAGAACACGAAAUUUGGGGUUACCGGUCGAGAGCAUCACUUGCUCCGUUAUAACGCUGUCUUCUUCCUGCUGCAGCUUGCCUUCGUCGACGGCGCCUUGGACUGUGAACUCUUCCUCAAGAUUAUGCGAGGUAAGGGUGACGGACCCAUUCCUUGGCAUGAUGCCUGGCAAGACGUGCCUGUCUGCCGAGCGGUUGACCGACAGGGGGUCCUUCAUCCGACAAAAGCCAUGGGCGAAGGCGCCUUCAUGGGAAUCUUCAAGCGAUUGUUGGGCUCUGAGUAUAGCUACGACACGGUGUCGAUGCAUGCUAUUCGACGGGAACUCGGCAAGCAGCUUGAUGAACGAUAUACGGAGACCGAACGAUCGCAACACAUCUUGCACAAAGAUAACAAAAUAUUUGGCACGAGUUACGUUGCCUUCGUCUCAUCAUGCGAUGGGUUUGCCGCUUUCAUGCGAGAAAGUCCAGACCACUCGGUCAUCGAUUACUUCCAGGGACUGGGUCAAUUUUGGCAACCCAAUCUGCCAACCAGUUUGCCUGCUUCUUUGGAGAGGAAAGUGCUCGAACAUCCAGAGAUUGCCGCAUGCGAUCGACAGAUCCAGAAUGCGGUCGAUGAGGAGGCCAGGGCCAAAGCAAUGACUGCCCGACAGAACACCAUCAAACGGCACAGAAGAAGUGCUCUCAAACGACACAGGGUAGAGGCAAUGGAAGCAAAGCAGCACGAAAGGCUCCUGCACGGAGUUCCGUCAGAUGUGGACGAUGAUUACGAUUCGCUUGAUGACCUUAUCCCGGAGAAAAGCCGUCUUGCGCGGGCGAUGGAUGGCACCUCGGCCUUGAGCUGCGAUGAACAGCUGCGCUACAUGCGAGAUGCUCUGUUUUUGCUGGAGAACGACUGGAGUGUAUAUUACCGCCCAGGAGAAGAGCCCGAAAAAGGGACCUGUCGAUUCUGCCACAAGGCAUUGGCUAGCAUCAAGAAGCGAGACAGAUGUAAUCACGUUCAUCGGUGUCGGAAAUCCGCGACGGCCAAGCUCCUCGGUGUCCUCCAAUCCGAGGUGGAAUUCUGCUACUUCUGCAUGGAGUUCUUCCGAGCCGAUGAAUGGCAAGAACAUUGCCGUCAUCAUCUGUCAACAGUCAAAAAACGCUGCGGCGCAAUAACAUACCAGCAUACGCUGAUUCGACCGGCAUUCUGUCCUCUUUGCAUGCAGGCGGAAGACGCGCGCCCUAGCGUCAGACUGCAGUACUGGGAACGUGACGCCGAUGCUCGAAAACACGUCGAAUUGUGUCACGGAUGGAAAUGGACAUGCCGGGCCUGUGACUUCGUGGCUGACGGACCAGAGUCAGGGUAUAGCCAUCUGCACGAUGUGCAUCAUUACAACAUCCCAAAGCUUAACUUGGUUACGAAGACGAGACCUUCCACGGUGCCUGAAUCGGAGGCACUUCUCGAUCCAGCAACGGGUUCUGUUAGCAAAGCGGUCGGCUCCGACGUUGAGUCAUGGGAUCAGACCAUGAUCGACUUAAGCUCUCUUCCGAGCACACCUCCUUCGGGAGCGACAUCAUCGCCGAAGCACUCGCGCAACACAACAUCUAACUGUCUAGCACCGUCAGUGUUGAUGCAAUGCCCAGAUGCUGCAGCGGACGCGCCAAACAUGUCGACACAGCUCGUGGAACGCACCACAUCCCCUAACGAGUGCCCAACACCACUGCAGACGAUCGAUUCCUUUAUACCUGGUGAAGAACAUUUGCACCGGCGAUGCGACAGCAUCAGCCUCGGAGCCACCGACUGUGGGUCUGAGACUGCUUGGCCCGACCUCGGGGAUAGUUCGAGGCCAUCGUCACCGGCGACGGGCGAGAGUCCUCGCACUCCACCGAUGGAAUCGGCCACCGACUUCGCGUCAUACGCGUCAGAUGCACUGUUCGUGCUCGAUGCAAUGGAUGCGACCAUGACUGAUGACGAUGGCGAUUGCGGCACUCCGUUGCCAAGCAGUCCCAAGACGCUUCACAGUGGCUUAUCGCCAUCCACGCCAGUUAUCGCAUCCGCAAUUGCGGAUGAGGAACUCAAUGGACUCGCUCCAGAGGCGCCGCCGGUGUGCGCCCUUCAUGACGAACUCAAGCGGCCACGCAUCAAGCUGAGAGUCAGGCCAACGUCCGGCGGUGCACCUUGUUCGGUCACCAGCCGUCCACAGUCUGUUCUCUCACCCUCCACAGCCACAGCACGUCCACGAGUUCGAAUUACACUGAAGACCGGAUCAGUAAAGAGACGGAUGGCCCUGUGUCAAGAUGCAGGAUACAAGGAAGAUGAAGGACAGUCUCAUAAGAAGCGGAGGAUUCUGUUGAGGACGAGAUAACUGAUGGACAUGGUCAUGCACCAUACGAAAGACUUGGAACAGUAGAGUAGAUGAGUUGACUGAUUGAGAACGCGUACUGAUCCGAAUUCUUGCGUACGCUUGAUCCGACCAAAACAUGGUAUCGAGGACACACGCGCACCGACGGCGCGGCGCCCAGUUCCUGGUGCCGGUGCAGCAACUGUACGGGAAGCUCGAGCUGGCGCAGGCACGCCGCACCCGAGCUAUCAAUACGGUGGGAUAGGUGUCCAGCGCUGAUACUAUUAUGUAGGGCGGGGCCAGAAUUCUACCGACACAGCCAGAGGUCUGUUCGUUUAAACAGCAUCGUUUGCUCGUCUCCGCGGAAACGUCGAGGAAGAGAAAGGAAGGAAGAGAGACGGGGCGGAUGUUUGGUCUUGGCCCUUGUCAGCACUCACAGAAGCCCAUGUCUCUGUCGCAUCCUCACUCAAACAUAUGCAUGUCCGCCCACCAAAACGACACUGCGACCGUCGCCCGCGAGUACCAGGAUUUGAGUACCGGUACCUUCUCCGUCUCCUAGCUCCAAGGUUCAGCCAGAAAAGGACACUGGGCUUCCAGGGAGGGACCACGGACCACCAGGGGGCCACUUGCUUUAACACGCGUUCGAGUGCAGAACCAGUCAACAUACGUCGCACUGAGCACCCCUCACCCUUGUCGCCCACCUCAGCAAAUCCUGUAAGCCUGCCGACGACAGUAUUAGAAGAGUUCCGGCCCUUGUUCGCCGAGCAAGUGUGCUGCGUCGUCGGACGAGGGCAUCACACAAAAAAAGGCCUGGGACCGCGCAUUGCCUCAUAUCGCAUCACGACCAGCAAAACGAUUUGUCACUGAUCUGACGGCAUACCCCAUCACUAUCCACAUGGACAUGAAACUCCGACGCUUUCACUGCGCAUUUUGACCCAUCAGUGUAAAGUGUCACCGCCGUCGAACGCUUCAGCGGGAGACGAGGACGCGACGCGCCAGACAUGCCUCGACGACAUCAGGUUCGCAUGGCCUGUCAACGCUGCAGGAGGAAAAGAGCAAAGGUGAGCUUGGAUGCCCGGGACGCAGCCCCCCUGACCCCCUUCUUUGGCGACACAUUUGUCUACUUUGUCCCUGCGACGUUUCGUCGGAGUCUUCUCCGUGCUCCGUUCAGCGAGCGCGUUUAAGCUCUCACGUCGGUCGCGUGUAACUCUACGAUCACGCAUCCACUUGAGGAGGCUGAAGUUGCUCUCACCGAGGGUAGCGAGACAGUUGUUCAUGGCGACGGUCGCCCCGGCGAUGGACUAUGCGUCGAAUGUCUGGAUACACGCGCGUUGAACGAAGCGCAACGGAUCGGCGCGCAGGCCAUCACAGGAUCGUUCCAGACCGUUUCAACCGCGGUGGCCGAGGUCGAGGCCGGCAUCCGCGCAGUAGGGGAACGGGAUAAGCAGGCUGCGACGAGGCUCUGCGUGGCUGCGGACGCUGCCGCAGACGAACCCACUGGCAGCACUGAAGAACAAAGCAAGCAAGCGCUAUCUCUCACCACUUCAACGCAUUGCUGCGAUGAUGGCUAAAGAGUCCACGGAGCGGAUGGAAGUCAUCCACGAGCAUGCAUUACGGCCGUGGACGGACCGCAUCCCUGUGUUGGGUCAGGAUGACCUAGAAGAGACGCGGACGCCAUAUGAUGUACAGGACAUCCUUAUAGCAACAGCUGCGUCACUGAGGCAUGGCGCUGUGGGCAUGGGAGGCGUUGUUUGCGACGCAACGCAUGGCGGCAUGGACCACAUCCUCGCCACCUUUUCUGUCACCGUCGGACCUGGAACCGAACAAAAUCCGUAUACAGCAGAGCUGGAAGCGAUAGCGACAGCGCUCAGGUCUAUACCACCAGGCCUUGUCCCUCAGGACGUGACGGUCGUGGUGGGCAACCGCUCGGUAGUGGCGGCAGUCAGGCGGCCCCAGCAGCAAUCUGGACAAUGCACUAUCCGCGGGAUAUACGAUCAGAUGAAGCACCUUCAGAAGCGAGGCUGUGCUAUCAGACUUAGGUACGCACCGGCCGGCGAAGAGGAGCUCGCAUCGCGGCACUUGGCCAAGGCCGCCGCGAAACGAGCCACGGAGAGGGGAUGCGAGGCGGAAGUGCCCUGGUACCAAGCGAAGGUGACAACGCUCAGGCUAGCUCUCGCCCAAGAAGGGACGCGCGAACAACUACCGGAAAGCGUCGGAAAAUACUCGAAGCGAAUUGACAAGGCACUGCCAGGCAGGCAUAUCCGCGCUAUAUACGACUCGCUGAAAAGGAAAGAAGCAGAUGUGCUGGUGCAGCUCCGUACCGGCAUGAUGCGACUGAACAGUUAUCUCCGCAGGAUAGGAGCAGCGGAAUCGGGUCUGUGCGAUUGCGGACAAGCAACAGAGACGAUAGAACACUUUCUCUUUCGGUGCCAGAAGUGGACGGCAUAACGGGAAAUCUUGCGCAAGUGCGCACGAACAAAGAUUGGGAAUCUGUCUUUCUUUUUGGGGGGCAAAGCUGCGUCGGAUGACGACAGAUGGGAACCGGACAUGCAGGCCGUGCGUGCGACAAUCAGAUUUGCAAUUGCGACGAAAAGACUAGGACCGACCAGCGUCACUUAGGGUGUGGGUCUUUAUCAUGCGGCUAUACUAACAAAACAGCCUCGGCUGUGGCAGACCGUGCUUCAGUUGCUGAGAAUAGGAUGCUGAACACUUGAAGAACUUGGCCUUCAAGCAGGCCUGUCAUGGGAUCAAGAGACGGGGUUGUCCUACAAGCGGUGCGACGAUCUAUCUGUAGGGCCUGGGGUGCCACGUACCAAACGAACCAGAUUGUCAAUUAGUGUCGCACAGCGAGCCAGGCUCAGGCCGCAUACCCUACAUACUCAGCAAACUUGCGCACGGAAGUCGGAUGGGUUAACACGCAUGUUAAGGUCGAGCGUCUGCAUGCGUGGUGUUUUGGACCCUCGUUGGGGUCAAAGCUCAAACACGGCCUGUAUCAGGCAUCGCCAACAGCCUCGUUUCCAAGGAUUCUGCACCACAAAGCAGGUCUCUUCUUUGUCUACAAAGAGCCGCGCUCUGACGUGCGUCUAGCUCGAGCUCUUCAAGAUAAUUCUCAUCAAUUGACCGAUGCCAAACAUGGACCCAGUGGACCCAAAUGUUUGAUAAUUAGCUAGUGUCAAGGCCCUAUAGGGACUUCCCUCCGGGCGUAAUAAAAUCCAUCCAUCC